CGCAAAAUAAUCGAAGCUCUGUGGAAACCGAAGCGUUUUCAGGCAAAAGUCUUUUUUUAAACAUGACCGACGCUGAAAUCUGCUGAAAAUCGGCUUCAGACAGUUUCAGUUACAGUGGAAGUUCGUUUAAAAUCGUUUUUUGUCUCUCCAGUAUUCCAGAUAUACAUAACGAAUGUAUUUUUAGUUGAAAAUUCCAACUCACGCGUACCAUAUUAACACUUUUCGAGUGGAUUUUCGUAUAUACGUUAAAAUGUUUCUCUCUAAUUGUUUGUGACCUCGGCUUCUUUAACUUAUUGGAUUUACUUAUUGUGGAAAUUUUGUUUGUUUGUUCAAAAUGCCUUUGUUCAAAAGAAAACAGGAGAGGAGGAAGUCUCUUUCUAGGAAAGAAAUUUCUUUGGCUCGAUUGGAAAAUUUCAGGAAGGAAGUGAUUACAGACCAUCACACCAUCCAAUUAAACGAUCUCUGCCGAAAACUUCAAACUGACAAAGAAAAUGGACUGACUCCACAACAAGCAGCCGCCGUUCUGCAAAAAACGGGACCAAAUCAACUAACUCCUUCUCACAAAGUGCCUGAAUAUAUUAAGUUUAUUAAAACACUAACACAAGGUUUUUCGUUAUUAUUAUGGAUAGGAGCCGGCCUUUGCUUCACUGCUUGCCUUAUUAGAAAAGUUACAACAGAAGAAACAGAUACAGAUAAUCUUAUAUUAGGAUUGGUGCUUGUUGUAGUAGUUGUUGUUACUGGAUGUUUUAUGUAUUCCCAAGAACACAAAAGUCAAAAGAUUAUGGAAUCAUUUGCUAACAUGGUUCCCCCAAAAGCAACUGUGAUAAGAGGAGGAGAAACAAUGACCAUUGUUUCCAAGGAGAUAGUAGUAGGUGAUCUAGUAGAAAUGAAGUUUGGAGAUCGGAUACCAGCUGAUAUUAGAAUAAUUCAUAGUCAAGGAUUUAAGGUAGAUAAUUCAGCUUUAACAGGUGAAUCGGAACCCCAAUACCGCGGAACUGAUUGUUCAAGUGACAACAUAUUAGAAACUAAGAAUUUUGCCUUUUUCUCCACUAAUGCUGUAGAAGGAACCGCAAGAGGUAUCGUCUGUGAGACUGGUGACCGAACAGUAAUGGGAAGAAUCGCUGGUCUAACAGCCCGUCUGCAACCAAACAAAACACCAAUCGCUAGAGAAUUAGAACAUUUCAUGAAAAUCAUCAGUGUGUGGGCUUGUUUCCUUGGUUUUGUGUUUGGAUCAGCUGCUCUAGCUAUGAACUAUUCUUGGAUUGAAGCUUCUCUGUUUCUUAUAGGAAUUAUUGUCGCUAAUGUACCUGAAGGUCUCCUUGCCACAGUAACUGUCUGCCUAUCAGUAACUGCCAAAAGGAUGGCAGCUAAAAAUUGCCUUGUAAAGAAUUUGGAAGCUGUUGAAACGCUGGGCUCCACUUCCAUUAUCUGUUCCGACAAAACUGGAACUCUCACUCAGAAUAAAAUGACGGUGUGCCAUUUUUGGUGCUACAAUCAAAUUAUGGAUGCUGAUUCUACCAUCCAACAGGACCAUGCGAAGGACUACAAUAAAUCAGAAAGUUUCCAGACUCUAAUGCGUUGUGCCACGCUUUGCAAUAGAGCAGAGUUUGUCCAUGGUGAAGAAAAUAAACCAGUUCUGAGUCGUUUGGUACGAGGAGAUGCAUCUGAAGAGGCUAUUCUAAAAUUCGUCGAGUUAACACAUAUUCACGGAGAUCCCACUACGUUCAGGCACAACAAUCCCAAGUUAAUAGAAAUACCCUUCAGCUCUGUUACUAAAUACCAGAUCAGUAUUCAUGCAAUGCAAGAAGGUGGCUGUCUAAUGGUAAUGAAAGGAGCUCCGGAGAGAAUUUUAGCCCGUUGUUCACAUAUGUGCACUGCAAAGGGCACAGAGGCAAUGACCGACGAAAUGCGAAUGGCAUGUGACAAAGCAAUGACGGAAAUGGCUGAAAAGGGUGAAAGAGUCCUUGGUUUUGCAGAUCUUAUGUUAGACAGCACCUACACGAAAGAUUAUAAGUUCUGCGCCGAACCAGCAAACUUUCCGAGAAAAGAUCUUAGAUUUGUUGGAUUUAUGUCUUUGAUUGAUCCUCCACGGCCUCAAGUGCCCGACGCCGUUCAAAGAUGUAGAAGUGCUGGUAUAAGGGUUAUCAUGGUUACUGGUGACCACCCUAUAACAGCUAAGGCCAUCGCUAAGCAAGUCGGUAUAAUCAAGUGUACGGACGUGAUUGACGCUUUUAAUAUAAACGUUAUUGAGACGCUGCCGCCAAACAUCAAAAACAAGGCAAUAGUCAUUCACGGUUCGGCUUUAAGGGAUGCUACCAAUCAGGAACUGGACAAUAUCCUGUAUAAUUUUAGAGAAAUUGUGUUUGCCCGAACUUCGCCCACACAGAAACUGCAUAUAGUUGAAGGGUGCCAAAGGCUUGGAGAAAUAGUUGCUGUCACUGGUGAUGGUGUCAAUGAUGCUCCAGCUUUGAAGAAAGCCGACAUCGGUAUAGCUAUGGGUAUCUCAGGAUCAGAAGUAUCCCAACAAUCUGCAGACAUGAUUCUUCUGGACGAUAAUUUCGCAUCAAUUAUUACCGGAGUGGAAGAAGGGCGUAGGAUAUUUGAUAAUUUAAAGAAGUCUAUAGCUUACACUCUUGCGUCAAAUGUGCCUGAAAUUCUACCUUUCCUGGGCUUCGUACUUCUCAACAUUCCACUUCCAUUAGGUGUUAUGGCCAUUUUGUGUAUAGAUUUACUGACAGAUAUGUUACCUGCAAUCAGUUUGGCUUACGAAAAAGCGGAAAGUGAUAUCAUGAGCCGUCCACCCCGAAAUCCUAAAAAAGACAAACUGGUUACAAGAAAGUUGUACUUCUUAGCUUAUGGUCAUAUUGGUAUGAUAGAAGCUCUCUGUGGAUUUUUCGUAUACUUUGCUAUAAUGGCUGAAAAUGGAUUUAUGCCUAGGGAUUUAUUUGGCUUACGUGCCCGAUGGGAUUCAGAAAAUGUAAAUGAUUUAAUGGAUUCUUAUGGACAAGAAUGGACGUAUCAACACAGAAAAGAGUUGGAAUAUACUUGCUACACAGCUUUUAUGAUAUCCGUAGUCGUGACUCAAUGGGCAGAUUUAAUUGUAUGCAAAACUAGAGUCAAUUCUAUUUUUGUACAAGGAAUGGGAAAUAUGAUACUUAAUAUUAGUUUAAUAGUCGAAACUGUAGUUGCUUGCAUGCUGUCAUAUAUUCCUGGAAUGUAUUACUUGAAGUUUUAUCCAAUCUUGUUUAGAUGGUGGUGUUACUCAUUUCCUUUUGCAGUGUUCCUUUUCAUCUUCGACGAAUUCAGAAAAUGGCGCUUGCGCAAGAAUCCAGACGGAUGGUACCGCAAAGAAACUUAUUACUAAUUUUAUUUAAUCGUAGAACGUUUUUAAUGUAGUUUAUAAUUUUGUAGUUAAACAAAAACCUUAUUAAUAUAUACUUGAAUAGAUAAAUAUAUGUAAGACUCAGGUAGUUCGUAAUUUAAUGGUUAAUUUUAUUAUUGCCGUGUUUUUGUAAAGUGGUUCAUUAGUUUCGUUACCGAGUAGUUGUUAUAGUUCUUCCAUUAUAUCUUUGAACAUGCAUGAAAUUAUUCACAAAUUACUUUUUUUACUCACAGAAACUACACUCACCGUUACAAAAUUCCGCCAUUCAAGUUUGACAAUUUAUAACUUUAUUAUUUGUCCUCCGAUUUUCAAGAUUCUUGCAUCAGUUUGCAGGUACAUGUAUUGACGUCGUUUGUUGUUAUUCCGCUAACAAAAAAAUUUUUCUUACAUGGCAUUAUACGGAGGUGAAUGGAAACGUAUUUUCCCCUAAUUUUAAAAAAUUCUGUGGAAAAAUUGAAUAGCUGAUUUUGUUUCAUGGUCCUAUAAUAUUAUCCCGGAGGCAUUAUUAAAAUUUUAUUUUUUUAAUAAUCCGAAUAUCUCUUUUCUUGUAAUAGCUGUAUAAUUUUUUGUAACUAAAAACACUGAUUAACUCAGUGAUACUCAACCUGCGGCCCGCGGGCCGCAUGCGGCCCUCUAUCUUUUUCAUGCGCCCCGAAGGCUCACUAAAAGGCCCUGUAAACGAUCAAAUUAUUUGUCAAAUUUCACGUGUUUGUCAAAUUAUUUGAUAGUGUGCCGCUGUGUUUAAAGCGUGUUUGUGCGUGAUUGGGAAAUUAUAUUGAAAUUUUUAAGAACUCUGGCAUAAAAAGCAGGUACUUUUAACUUUUAGAUAAUAAUAAAUUAUUAAAGUUAAUGAACAGAUACCAAUUUUAAAAAUAAUCAACACUUAUUUACUAGAUACAUUGGAACAACCCAUUUAGUAAUCACAAGAAAAAUCCAAGACCGGAUUAACAAAAAAUAUAAAGUGAUUGUGGCCUUGAAACAACAUGCUGUUUCAAUUUUCAAGAUUUAUUUGCACAUUUGAAAAGAGCACAAAAACAGUUUACAGGUUCGCUUUAAUUUUGGACACAAAAAAUUUUAAUGACUUUAAUUUUGACAUUAAAUAUACUGAAAUUUUUAAGAACUCUAAUAUUAAAGAGCAGGUUUUUAAAGCACUUUGAAUAAUAAAUUACUAAAUUUAAUAAAUAAAUAUUCGUCUUAAAAGUAAUCCAUAAUUACAUUGGAAUGACACUUACUUAUCACAACAAAAACCCAGGUUUGAAUUACCAAAAAAAUAUGAAAUAAUUGUGACCUUGAAACAACACCCUGUAUAUUAAAAUUGUCAAAAUCCGUUUGCACAUUUGAAAAUACUACAAAAACAAAGUUUAAUUGACCGCAUCAAUUUUUUGUGAUUAAUUUGGAAAUUAAACCGAAAUUUUUGUUGUGAGUUCUUAAAAAAAUUCGGCAUAAUUUCAAAAUUAAUUGAAGUCAUUAAAUUGUCUGCGCAAAAAAUGAAGGUGAACCAUUAAACUUAGUUUUUUGUGGUCUUUUCAAAUGUGCAAAUGGGUUUUGAAAAUUUCAAUAUACAGGGUGUUGUUUCAAGGUCACAAUCACUUUAUAUUUUUUGUUAAUCUGGACCUCUAUUUUUUUGUGAUUGGUAGUAAGUGGGUCGUUCCGAUGUAGUAACUAAGUAUUGAUUAGUGUUAAAAUGAGAAUGUAUUCAUUAAAUUCAAUAAUUUAUUAUUAAAAGUGCUUUAAAAAUCUGCUUUGUAAUCUCUGUUCUUAAAAAUUUGCGAGAUUAAAAAAAAGUGAUUUUUCUGCGGAAAACAUUAAAGCGAACCUAUAAACUCAGUUCUUUGUGCUCUUUUGAAAUGUGCAACCGUGUUUUGAAAAUUUAAAUAUACAUACAGGAUGUUGUUAAGGUCACAAUGAAUUUAAGUAUAAUUUUUUAAUCCGGACCUAAAUUUUCUGUUCUUAAAAAUUACUGCGUGAUUAAAAAAAAGUGAUUAAAUUUUCUGCGGCAAUCAUUAAAGCGAAGCUAUAAACUCAGUUCUUUGUGCUCUUUUCAAAUGUGCAAACGGGUUUUGAAAAUUUCAAUAUACAUACAGAUAAGAUUAGAAUGGCCCGCAUGCAACCCAGAUCUCAAUCCUAUUGAGCAUUUAUGGGAUGAAUUAAAAAUAGCUAUUCGCCGUCUCCUAGGCCUCCAGAAAAUUUGGUACAGUUAUGGCCCUGGUAGAGGAAUAUCGGGCUAUUCCCGAGGCAAGGAUAACACAUCUUUAUUCGAUGCCAAACAGAUUGCGAGCAGUCGUUGCUGCGAGAGGUGGAUAGGGGUCGACCAGACAAGAAUUCUUGUCUUGACAAUAACUUCUUGUCUUGUCUUGAGAAAAAAUCAAGGAAUUUAAAAAAAUCUUGUCUUGACGUUUUCUUGACAUCUUAUAUCUUGUCUUGACUCAAGAAAUUUCAACAUCUUGAAAUUUCUUGAUUACCCGGUCAGGUGAUUCCCGGCGACCGACCUUUUUAUUGCGUUGCGUGCUAACACCGAAUCCACUGCCACUGGGGGAGUCCUCGAUCUGCAUUUGUUUCCUGACGAACGCAAAAUUGAUCUGUAGUUGCAUGCUUAAAAUAAGCAUUUUGUAUGUUUUGCACAUAUUCUAAACUGAGCUGUCUAGGAUUUGAUAAAAAUUAUUGAAUCAAAUCGAAAUAGUUUAGACAUCGAAAGGGAUUUUGAUUAUUUGGAGAACCAGAUCGAAGCAGAAAAUCAUAUAAAUGAGACUGCUUUAGAUUUCAACUCUCCUGUAAGUAAAAUUAAAUACCUUGUCAAAAAAGAUCAAAAACUCAGGGCAAAUGCAACUUAAACUUAACAGUGCUUGCGAGGCCAUAAAUUGUAAGAUGACUAUGCCAAAAUUAGAUGUGCCUAAAAAUGGCAUUUAACUUUCAAGAUGCUAAUAUGGGAUUUGAGUGUAAAAAAUGAAGUAUAUUUUGCAACAACAUAGAAAAUCUAAAUAAUUGCAAAAUAUUAGAUAAAGAAUGGGUUCUGAUCAGUAAAUUUUGUCAGUAUCUGAGAAGCUUUAAAACACUUUCUUCAAUACUCGAAAGGGAAAUAUAUUGCACACUCCGAUUGGUGGUAAUUGGAGUAAACUUACUUUUAGACAAACUGGAAAUAUUGAGCUCCGAAUGAUCUACAGAAUCCAAUACCAGAGCCAGCACUUAGUCUAAGAAAAGAAGAUAACGAAUUUGAUGUAGAUAUUACUUACCUAUUUAAGAAAGCUGAUAAGGAUAACUUUUACAAUCUUGGAAGUAUGAAAUUGAAAAAUACAUAAAUGAGCCUAAGUCAUUCUUUUAAUAUUGUACAGAAAUUUUGGGUUUUUUUGCGAAUUUAAGAAACUGGUUGGAAAUGUUGAUCGUGGAAUUGAUUUCGCUACUGAUACAUAGGAUAAAGCUUGGUUAUAUUAUUAAGACGUAUUGACUGUUUGGGUAUCUGCUACGCCACUGCUCAUGUAGUCAAAAGCAAUUACGUUUUUAUCAUAAAAUUAUACCAAAAUUAACUUCUAUUUAUUAUGGUAAAGGUUCAGCUUUUUAUCCAUUUUUAAAUAAAAAUAAAUUGCCGAUUGUAAGGCAAUCUUGUUUAAAUUUUUCUUCCGGGUUUGUCACAGUUGCAACAAAAAAUAAACCUCAACUAAUAAUGAGUGAUUUAUACACACAUCUAUUUCUAGUUGAAGGUACGCUAAUGCCACAGUUUUUGCACUAUGUUUUACAAAGCACGACCAAGUGCUCUUAGGCAAGCCGUUUCAUGAAAAUAAAACACAGAUAAACAAAUCUUGAAGUCCGCCUACCAAUGAAACGAGUGUGAUUCAUGCUCAUAAAACAUUUUUAUUUUCGGAGAGUUUCAUAAAUGGUCGGACGUCUAUUUGUUUAGCAGUGUUUUAUUUCCAUGAAACGUCAUUUACGUUUCAUGUUUCUUUGAUGUGCCUUAGACUUAGUGUGUGAACAUCGGCUCGCACGAGCCGAGCUGGUAUAUUUUAUAUCGGGCAGUUUUAAUCUUUGCGCCGCCUUGGGACAUUUUUAAAAGACCUACCUGUUUCUUGGGCCGAGAUAGGCACUGCCCGCUUUAACAAUAACAAAGCCAAGAGAUCGGCUAGGCGUUGACUCCAUGAGAAGUGUUAUCUGCCUUAAUUCAUGGCGUAUCAAUUCCGAUUUAAAAAUGUGCUAAAUUUGUUAUUUAAAAUAAAAUAUAGUUUGUAAUUUUAUUUUCAACAGGAUUAGGUAAGUGUCAUUAAUUAUUAUUUUUAAUUUACAUUUUUGUAAAUCGUUUUAGCAAAAAAAGUGUUCAAUAAAUUAAAAUAUGUUAUGUUAUAUUAAAAUAAUCUUUUUCUAAUACUCUUUUUCACAAAUAAAUACGUUUUAGGGUUUUCAUUAUUAGUCACGAUAUUUCAAGAUUUCUUGUUUUCUUGACAAGAAAUCUUGGUAUUGACAUAAAAUUUCUUGUCUUGUCUUGAAAUCUAAAAUUACUUCUUGUCUUUGAUCUUGUGUUGAAAUCAAGACAUGAUCAAGACAAGAUCUUGAAAUUUUCAAGAAGUUGGCGACCCCUAGAGGUGGAUAUACCCGCUUUUGAAUUGUUUUGUUUUGUUGUUAAUUUUGUUUUGUACUGUUAAUUUUAGUGCGUUUGAUACUUUUAAUUAAAUAAACCUUCAAAGCAGUGUUUUUAUUUACAGGAUAAUUCAAAAAACAAAAUCUUCGGGAUAUCUCCAAGCUAAUACGAAAGGAGUAUGAAACAAAAUCCGCCCUUCAAUUUUUCCACGGCAUUUUUUAAAGUUAGAAGAAAAUACUAUGCUUACAUUCACCCCCGUAUAAUGCUAUCUAAGCAAAAAAGAUUUGUUAUCGGAAUAAUAACAAACGACAUCAAUACAUGUACCUACAAACUAAUGCAAGAGUCUUGAAAAUCGGAGUACAAAUAAUAAAGUUAUAGAUUGUCAAACUUGAUCAAAAGUUUUGGGUGGCGGGAUUUUGUGCCGGUGAAUGUAGUAUCGCAAAUACGGCCACCGGUAAUAGCCACAUCCUAAUUAUUAUUACAUUUUUAUUAAUUAAUUUAUUACAUUUUAUUAAUUAAUUAUUAAAUUAUUACAUUUACAGUACAUAUCAAUGAUAUUACAUAUCGACGUACGUUUCACUGAAUGUUUUGAUUUAACUUGUUUGCAAAUGAAUUAUGACGUUUGUGCAAAGAUAUAGUGGAACAACUAUACCAGUUCAUCAAUUGUAUUUUAUUUAAAAGCUGCAAUAAAUUGGAAUCUCAUCAUUAUAA